CCGUCCCUUCCUGGAAGCUCCAUGUCCGUCAGGGUUUCCGGCAUGAGCGUUCUGCCCCCGGUCCGCCGGGACCGCGUCGUGGCUCAGCUCCCCCAGUCCUUCAGGAGAGAGGCGGCACUCCACACUGAGGAGGACUUCCAUAACAAAGUGAAGACGGCGUGCCAGGAGCAGCGAACCGGGACCGUGGGCAGAUUUAAAAUCUCGAAGGUGAUCGUGGUGGGGGAUCUGGCCGUGGGGAAAACCUGCCUGAUUAAUAGAUUCUGCAAAGAUGCCUUCGAUAAGAACUACAAGGCGACCAUCGGGGUGGACUUUGAGAUGGAGCGCUUCGAGGUGCUGGGUGUUCCUUUCAGCCUGCAGCUCUGGGACACGGCCGGCCAAGAGAGAUUCAAAUGCAUCGCGUCCACUUACUACAGAGGAGCUCAGGUUGUCGUAAUCGUGUUUGAUUUGAAUGACAUAGCAUCUUUGGGCCAUUCAAGGCAGUGGCUGGAGGACGCCCUGAGGGAGAACGACCCCACCGCCGUUCAGCUGUUCCUGGUCGGCACAAAGAAGGACCUGAGUUCUCCUGCUCAGUAUUCACGGAUUGAACAAGAUGCGCUGAAAUUAGCAAAUGAGAUCCAUGCAGAGUAUUGGGCCGUUUCGUCACUGACUGGGGAAAACGUGAACGAGUUUUUCUUCCGACUCGCCUCGCUGGCCUUCGAGACAAACGUCCUGGCCGAGCUGGAGAAAGGUGGAUCCAGGCAAAUAGGAGACGUUAUCCGAAUAAACAGCAACUCGAGCAAUCUGUACACGGCGCCUAAGAAGAAGCAGCACAACUGCUGUCAGUAA